UCUUCAUCUUCAUCUUCAUCUUCAUCUUCAUCUUCAUCUUCAUCUUCAUCUUCAUCUUCAUCUUCAUCUUCAUCUUCUUCUUCAUCUUCAUCUUCAUCUUCAUCUUCAUCUUCAUCUUCAUCUUCAUCUUCAUCUUCAUCUUCAUCUUCAUCUUCAUCUUCAUCUUCAUCUUCAUCUUCAUCUUCAUCUUCAUCUUCAUCUUCAUCUUCAUCUUCAUCUUCAUCUUCAUCUUCAUCUUCAUCUUCAUCUUCAUCUUCAUCUUCAUCUUCAUCUUCAUCUUCAUCUUCAUCUUCAUCUUCAUCUUCAUCUUCAUCUUCAUCUUCAUCUUCAUCUUCAUCUUCAUCUUCAUCUUCAUCUUCUUCUUCAUCUUCAUCUUCAUCUUCAUCUUCAUCUUCAUCUUCAUCUUCAUCUUCAUCUUCAUCUUCAUCUUCAUCUUCAUCUUCAUCUUCAUCUUCAUCUUCAUCUUCAUCUUCUCCUUCUUCUUUGUCUUUUUCAUCUUUUUCUUCGUCUACACCUUCUUCUUCUUCAUCUUCAACUUAUUUUUCUGCUGCAUCAUCUUAAUCUUCUUCAUCUUCAUCCUCUUCUUCUUCUGCUUCAUCUUCUUCUCCUCCUUCAUUUUCUUCCUCACCCUCACCUUCUUAAUUUUCCUCAGCACAUUCUUCUCCAUCGCAUUUUUCUUGGUCUACCUCAAGCUCUUCACUUUCUCACUUUGUUUACCCUGUAUUUAUCAAUCUUAUUCUUGGCCGUCGAACAAUAUUUUGUGUGCGGUUGAAGGCGGUUGCGGAGUGAGUGGGUGAGACUUUUGCGGCAUGCGGCAAGUGGCAUGUGGCAUGUGUCCUUCCGGGCAUUUCCAACUGAAUAUUUGAAAGUGGCUGUGCAACACUUGUUAACUAUUUCACAGCUUCCUUUUAGCUUCCUGCUGUUGGCUGCCUUUACGCCUAAGCAUCAUUUAUUGUUCCACUCUCGCAAUAUCGCUCGCUAACGGUUUCAUCUUUCUCUUACUGUAUCACUCUCUUUCAGCUCUCUCUUUAAGUCUAUUCCACUCUCUGAGUUGCUCUCCAUCUCUCCGAUUCCUUGCCAGCGUUUCUACGUUUUUCUCUCUCUCAUUGUCUCUUUUCCUCUUAUUCGUGCUGUCACUUUGUCAUUUUUCCCUUUCUUCGCUCUCAUCCUCUUUCGCUUUCUUUAUGCUUCAUAUUCUCUGUCUAUCCUUUCCUUUUUCUCUGCUUAUUUCUGGCUCUCUCAUUUCUCUUUCAUCUUUUUUUUUUUC